UGAAUCUGAGUGCACGCGUGAAUCGAAGGAGUUAGCAUUGAGUAACUUUCUUGUGUUGUCCAGGUUAAAGCAUUAUGCCAGAAAAAGCACGUUCACGUGCGUGUUUCCUGUUGUCCGUUGCGAGGAGACCAUGUCUGUGAACGCGUCGAGUCACGAGCUAAUCGUGCUGAUUUUUCGCUAUUUGAAAGAGAAUGGCUUCCACUCGGCUGCUGAGGAGCUUCUGAGGCACAGCCCACAGGAAUUUGUGGAGGGCGCUACAGAGUUAUCGUCAUCAUUAGUGGAAAUAUACAGUUCCUGGUUAAAGUACUCAAAGAACAAGCACUCCAGUUCAAAUGGAGGAGGAUCAACUCCAAUUGAAGCAGCUUCCAAGAAGGAUGACAAACCUGCAAAGAAAGCACAAACACAGAAAUCAGUUAAACCACAAAGGGAACGCAAAGAUGGCAAAUUGUCAGAAACUGUCACCAAGAAGUUAAAGGAGCAACAAAAUGCUGUGGCUGCUGGUGAUGGUGGUGGUGAUUCGGACUCUGACAGUAGUUUGGAUGUUGAGAAAUGGAGGAAAAUACUGGUACAAAUGACAGAGGUCGACAUAGCCAAGAUAGAUACCAUCAAUGCUUUGGACCCAUCUAUAGCAGAACCUGUAAAAAAGAGAGCGCGGAAACCUCAGGCUAAGCCUAAAAUUGACACGUCUGGUAAACAGCCACCUGAAAAGAGUGAUGUCUCUGAGAAAGUGGUGAUGGUGGAACAAACAAAGUCAAGUCCCCCUAAAAAGACUACUAUGGGAACGACUGCACCUGUGACCCCCUUGAACAGCACACAGCAGCCGAUAUCAUCAGAGGAAAGGAGAACUAAAUUGUCAUCCAAAGAGAUGAAAGAGGGAAAAGAAAAAAAGAGGGAAAAAAAGAAAGUUAUAACUCCCACUGGAGAACAAGCUGAGGCUCCCACACCCCAACACAAGAAGAAAAAAAAAAAGGAAAGUUCCGAAAGCGAAGCGGGAGAGAACAGAGGCAUAAAUGGUGGCAAGGGCGAAGAAGCUGUCAACUCCGGAUGCAUUGGAAAACCCGUGGAGGAUGUACCAAAUUCCAUUGAACCGAAUUCUGAAUCCCAAGAUGAGCAGGUCGUGGUGAACACAAUUGGUAAUGCUGAAGAAGUAAAAAGAAAAGAAAAGAAAAACAAGAAAAAGCAAAAGUUGAAUGCUGAUAGUCAGAAUAUUUCUGAGACCCUGAUAAAAGACAAGAAAUCAAAAAAAAAGAAGAAGGGUGACAAAGGUGAUGAAGACAGAAUGGUUGAACCCCCAGCUGAGGACAAGGAAUCCCGUAAGAGGAAAAGGACUGUUGACCAUGUAGAAGUUGGCGAACAAGUGUCUCAACAGGAAAAUCCAGACCAGAAAGACGACACCAGGGAAGCAAGGAAGAACAUGGAGACGCCGUGUCACGUAGAGGUUCCCAAUGCAAAUGUGAGAGAAAAGAAAGCAAAGGAGAAAAAGAGAAAGAGUCAUCCUGUAGAGGGUACUCCUCAGCAGGUGGGUGAUGAAACGAAAAUGAAGAGGAAAAAAGACAAAGCUAAACCUGAGGAGGAGCAGAUAGUUGAUGAAAAUGCAAGUGUUAACAUAGAAGAGAUACCUGAAGCAAAUACAGAAGUAAAGAAAAAAAAGAAAGAAAAACUUGGCUCGAUUGACACAGUACCUCUUUUCACCCUGGAGACACCAAGUCCUCCAUCACAGAAAAAGAAAAAGAAAAGCAAAGUGGAUUCAGAUGAAUUCCCAGCAACACCGUCAUGUGAAAAGCACAAGGAGUGCAUGCCACCACCUUUCUCAAUGUUCUUCCACCUGGUCCCUGCUUUCACUGCAGAUCACAAUGUCAUCUGCGAACAUCAUGCUUCAUUGGGAUUCCAGUCUAACCUCAUCUGUCAGCCGAUCCAUCACCAAUGCUAA